AUGGAAGAGUUGAAUUUUGAUGUUAAUGCUCUUGCGAAUGAACUAGGUGGGUAUUUAGAAAGGCUAACUGAUGAGCAGAAAUUUGCAUACGAUCAAAUAAUUGGUGCUGUUAGCGGUAAUAUGGGUGAACUUUUCUUCUUAUAUGGUCAAGGUAGUUGUGGAAAAACAUUCUUAUGGUCAACUAUAUCAUGCUCGAUUAGGUCUAAAGGAGGUAUAGUUUUAAAUGUUGCUUCGAGUGGGAUUGCUGCACUUCUGUUGUCUAAUGGAAGAACUGCACAUUCAAGGUUUAAAAUUCCUUUGACCAUAAAUGAAGAUUCUUUGUAUAGCAUUAAACAUGGAAGUUCUCUUGCAAGAGACAUCUUAAGGUGCUCAGAUUCGUACAAUGCUCAUUUGCCAUUUGGAGGUAAAGUUGUUAUUCUCGGAGGAGAUUUUAGACAAAUUUUACCUGUGAUUCCCAGAGGCUCAAGGCAAGAUAUAAUUCAAUCUUCUAUUAAUUCUUCAUAUUUAUGGCAUAACUGUAAGAUUUUGAAGCUUACAAAAAACAUGAGAUUGUCGCUAAGUGAAAACACCAACAUACAAGAACUCAGAAAUUUUGCAGAAUGGCUACUAAAAAUUGGUGAUGGUUUGGCUGGUGAUACAACAGAUGGUGAAUCAAUCGUUCAUAUACCAUCUGACAUUUUGGUUAAGAACUCUGAGACAGCUUUGGAUGACCUCAUUGAUUUCGUGUAUCCAGAUAUGUUAUCCAAUUUAUCCGUUGAAAAUUAUUUUAAGGAUAGAGCAAUUCUUGCACCAACUCUGGAUUGUGUCACUGAUGUCAACAACAAGAUGACUGCAGAGUUACCUGGACAAGAAAGAGCCUACUUAAGUUCAGACUCUAUGUGUACUAAGGAGGAAAAUAUGGAAUUUGAGUUAGAUGCUUUCUCGCCGGAGAUUCUAAUAAAUGGAAUAAAUUGUUUAGGUCUACCACCACACAAGUUGGUUCUAAAGGUUAGCGCUCCUGUUAUGUUGCUCUGGAAUAUAGACCAGACUAAUGGUUUGUGA